AUGUCCGUGGCCCGCGCUUGCGAGUUGAGUCGGGUCGGGUCACUGGAACUGCUGGAUUUGGUCUGGACCAGAAGCCGUCGCGGGUUCAAGUCGACCAUCGCCAGUCUUCUCAAUUCCAACCAAGAGUAUUACCGCUGGGAAUUCUCUCAGGCGUUGGUGCAGGCUGUAAGACGAGCUGAUCUGGCCAUGAUCCACUGGCUUUUAGCCCAUUUUUCGCGUUGCCCCGUAUCCGGGGAAGUGGUGCGAGAGGCUGCUAAAGGGGGUCAUUUGUGGACGCUCCAGCUACUGGAAGCCGACAGAUCUCAUGGCGGCAUUGAGUGGUGCGAGAAGAGCUUACCUGAAGCAGCUCGUGUUGACCGCUGGGAUAUCGUCAAGUGGUUACAGGCCCACCUCACGAUCGAUUUGAAUUGGAGCGACAAUUAUGAGUUGUUGGAUAUUGCAGGGAGAAGCACCAAAAGGCUCUGUGUACGAGAACGAUAUCCACGGUGCACGAGUGCAGCGAUGGAUAUUGCGGCCGCUAAUGGUCAUCUGGACGUUGUCAAGUGGCUCCACGCAUAUCGCUCGGAGGGAUGCACUGCUGCUGCCAUGGAUAAAGCAGCUGGAGGCCAUCUGAAAGUGGUGCAAUGGUUGCAUUCGCAUCGAUCCGAGGGGUGCACGGCUGAAGCGAUGAACCUUGCCGCUGCGAACGGUCACUUGGGGGUCGUCAAGUGGUUGCUGGAGCAUCGUGAUGAAUGGUCGUCGGCGGUGAUGGACACUGCUGCUGCAAAUGGACACUUAGAGGUUGUCAUGUGGCUUCAUGCCAACCGCUCGGAGGGGUGCACAACGAAGGCGAUGGAUGAAGCAACAGCAAAUGGUCACUUGGAUGUGGUGCGGUGGCUGCAUAGUAACCGCUACGAAGAAGGGUGUACAAUUAAUGCCAUGACUGGAGCGGCAACUGCUGGAAAUAUUGAAGUUUUGGAUUGGCUUUACGACAAAGCAAUUGCUGUUUGCACUCAGGAAACGAUGGACGUUGCUGCAUGCCAAGGCCACCUGAAUGUUCUCGAGUGGCUGCGCAAUCGAUAUACAGUGAGAUGCACUCCUGACGCUCUAAAUACGGCUGCUAUUAAUGGGCACCUCAAAGUUGUACGCUGGCUACUUGCUAAUCGCUAUGAAGGUUGCGCAGCUAGGGCGAUUCGCUUGGCUGCAUCUGGUCGAGAUUUGUCAGUGGUGCAGUGCCUUGCUCCCCAUUGCAGCCAAGCUGAACUGAUGCGAGCGAUGCAUAACGCAAUUGCAUCUGGGCGUUUCGAAACCAUGGUUUACCUGCACGCACAGCGCAACGACGAAGCGAGCGACGAGGAGAAAAGAGAGCUGCGGAACGACGAGGAGAUACAGGAAAUAUGGCGUGACGCUGACCGCUUUAGUUACCUAGGAUUAUCGUAUCCGAGAGAGAUUCGUGCUUGGCUGGAAGCCAACUACCAAAUCGCCACGUAGGCUGUGCGGUAAAUUGCCUAUCAGAUACUGAUCUUUAAUCUUAC